AUGACCACUCAGGAUGUGGAGAAGCAGAAGCUUGUAUUGUCUCCCGAAAGUAAAGAUACUAUCAGCACAGAUUCGGGAUUUCGCCAGUCCCCAAAGCCGCACGUGCAAUGGCGUGCCACUUUGAAUACAUUGAAACAGAGAAGGUGGCUGAGCGUGAUAUUCUCCGUGAUUCUAUUGAUCAUAUACUCGGCAAGAAUCAAAUUAUCGCCCCUAGAUUUGAUGAUCCCCGGCAGAGAGGGGAAUAAUGCCUUGUCUGGGAGCUUAGAGCCUGGAAAACUGGGAGCUAUUGCUACCGAGAGCUCAAUUUGCUCUCGCCAUGGAAUCGAAAUGCUUGAAAUGGGCGGAAAUGCUGCUGAUGCGACGGUCGCAGCCCAAUUCUGUGUUGGAGUUAUCGGGAUGUACCACAGUGGUAUCAGUGGGGGUGGAUUCAUGGUGGUGCGGGCACCUAAUGGAUCCUACGAAUUCAUCGACUUCAGAGAGACGACGCCAGCUGCGGCGUUCCAAGAUAUGUACGAAAACAAUACAGAUGCUUCGAUGUAUGGAGGAUUGGCAAGUGGCGUGCCUGGCGAAGUUCGUGGAUUGGAGUAUCUCCACAAACAGUACGGGUCCCUUCCUUGGUGGACUGUCUUGCAACCUGCCAUCCGAACUGCACGUGAAGGAUUUCCCGUCACGGAGGACUUGGUAAGAUAUAUGAACUUGGCAGUGGGCAAUCGAGAGGAUUUCUUGUCGAAGAAUCCAACAUGGGCCUUGGAGUUCGCUCCAAAUGGUACCCGCCUAGGUCUGGGGGACACCAUUACUCGGAAGCGUCUUGCAAGUACACUUGAAACGAUAGCCGAACUCGGUCCAGAUGCAUUUUAUUCGGGCCCGAUCGCUGAAACGAUGAUUAAUGCUGUUCAGGCUGCUAACGGCACAAUGACGUUGGAGGAUUUGGCGAACUAUAAAGUUGCGCUCAGAGAUGUGGCCCAGAUUGACUAUCGUGGAUACACAGUUUCAAGUGGAACGGCACCUUCUAGCGGUGCUGUCGCGCUGAGUAUUCUUAAGAUCUUGGACGGAUACAAAGAUUUCUUCUCGUCUGAAAGCGCUGUGAACCUCAGCACCCAUCGAAUGGUUGAGGCUAUGCGGUUCGGAUAUGGACAGAAUCGCAAGCGAACUGAGCUAGCCGACCCUGAAUUCGUCUCUGGCGUAUCUGAGCAUGAGCGUGAAAUGCUGAAACAAACGACGGUUGAUGAGAUCCGAGGCAAGAUUUCGGAUACUCACACAUUGAACGUGUCAGCAUAUGACCCUUCUGGUAUCGAGAAUCGGGAUACACCAGGUACUUCUCACAUCGCUGCGGCUGAUAACUCCGGGCUUGCAAUCUCUAUUAUCAGUACCAUCAAUACGCUUUUUGGUAGCCUAUUGAUGGUACCGGAGACAGGAAUCAUCAUGAACAACAUCAUGAACGACUUUUCAAUCCCCGGAGCAUCCAACUCAUUUGGAUAUGCUCCAUCUGUGGCAAACUACAUCCGACCCGGCAAGCGAGCCUUGUCGUCCAUCACCCCUGCAAUUGUCACCGAUCCCGAUGGAAAGCUGUUCCUGAUUGCGGGAUCGGCAGGAGGGAGUCGAAUCAUCACUGCCACAGUCCAAAACAUAAUCAACGUAAUUGAUCAUGGCCUGGAUGCCGCUGAUGCCUUGGCUAAGCCUCGGUUGCAUGACCAGUUGCUUCCUAACAAAUCAUUGUUCGAGUAUGCAUUCGACAACUCCACUGUGGCUUUCAUGGAGAGCAGGGGGCACAACGUUAGUUGGAUGGCCCCUGGAUUAAGCAGCGCGCAGCUUAUUCGUGUGCUGCCUAAUGGAACCUUCGAUGCUGCUGGGGAACCACGUCAACGAAAUUCAGCCGGAUAUGCCAUUUAG